AUGGAGCGUUCAUUAGCGGAUAUACUUAGAGAAGAACGUCAGAUCGGUCACAAAGGAGAUGGUGGUUGGAAAGCAAUUGCUUAUAACACAGCUACUGCGAUAUUGUCUGCACAAUUUGAUAUUGAAGUAAGUGCUGAUAACAUAAGAAAUCGUGUUAAAACCUGGAAAAUGUUUUAUGGUAUAGUCAGUGAUAUAUUAAGUCAGAGUGGAUUUAAUUGA